AUGCCCUCCUUGCCACCUUGGCCAGCUUGGGAGACUCCGGAGAUUGGAGCCUCGCCCUUUCAGACAGCACAGUCUGGCAAGGGCUCGACUAUGCAGGAAAUGGCAGUACAUCUGCGCCAGGCGUACAAAGAGAAAGAAACGCCAUCGGAUGUUCAGGCAUUUCUGGACAAAGCAGAGAAGGAGUACAGCCGCAACAACAUCAAAUCGCUGCAUGCUGCGACAAAAAACCUGGAUCAUGCCCAAAAAGCAUUGAGAGAUGCAGUCAAUGCGAAAAAGGAGCAUCGGCUACAAUGGACAAAGCAUGUAAGCGAAGGAAUCAAGGUUUUGGAGGCGCAGCUCGAGAGCUAUCGCGUCCACCAAGCCACACUAUCAGAACAUGCAAGUCGAGCUCGAGAAGAGAUAGAAACAUCUCGGCGGAUUCUCAAAGAGGACGCAAGCAACGAGAAUGUGGUGGACUCCGAGGAACAGAAGUUGAGAGACCAACUCCAAGAGGUUCUGAAUGCUUGUGCAGGACCACUCGGUCUCCAAACAACAGCAGCCGAAACUCAAAUCCAAGAGGUUUCGGACGAAGACAAGGAAGCACCACCUCACAACAAGAGGCCAAGAUCUGUGGAGCCAGCAAAGCCUGUCUCCAAUGCGAGACAGUGA